AUGAUGGACAGUAGGAUUUUAGAGCAUCCUCAUACCCAGUUUGGAGGCUCCAUGAGUGGGAUGGUGGGUUUUCCUUAUCCCCUAAGCCAUCACCAUGUUUAUGAGUUAGCAAGUCACCAGCUGCAGUCUGCAGCCUCGGUUCCCUUCUCCAUAGAUGGAUUGCUAAAUGGAUCUUGCUCUGCUUCUGUUGUCACUCAGAACCCCCUUCUUUCUUCUGGAUGUGGGAUGACUGGAGACAAUCAACAAUUUAAGCUUUCAGACUCUGACCCAGAUAAAGAAAGUCCAGGCUGUAAAAGAAGAAGAACUAGAACCAACUUUACUGGUUGGCAGCUGGAGGAACUGGAAAAAGCCUUUAAUGAAAGUCAUUACCCAGAUGUGUUUAUGAGAGAAGCUUUGGCCCUGAGACUGGACCUGGUGGAAUCUAGAGUUCAGGUUUGGUUCCAAAAUCGCAGAGCUAAAUGGAGAAAGAAAGAAAAUACCAAGAAAGGUCCAGGGCGACCUGCUCAUAACUCCCACCCAACCACCUGCAGUGGAGAACCCAUGGACCCUGAGGAGAUAGCGAGGAAAGAGUUGGAGAAGAUGGAAAAGAAAAAGAGGAAGCAGGAAAAGAAGCUCCUUAGGAACCAAAACCGUCAUCAGCACUCUCCAAGUAUGUCUCUGCACACCCCAAGUUCUGAUAGUGAUAGUAGCUCCUCUCAGAAUCAAGACACAAUGGAUUCCAACCAUGGAGAAGUUGGACAAGGUAGAAACCAAACGCAACCAAGCUGUGACCAAACUGAACAAGCUUUCUUCCAAAGCCAAAGAAACACAGGACAGAGGGACAGGGUGAGUGAAAAGGACUCUGGGGAGGCUCAUCUUAGCUCAGGCUUCUGUCCUAAUGGCAGAGGUACUGGGUUCCCCAAACUCAAUCCUUUUAGUGUGGAAAGCCUUCUUUCUGAUUCCCCACCCAAGAGAAAAACAGGGGUUGACUUCCCAGGUUUAUCCAACCCCAGGACCUUGAUAGGAAAGGGGCAUUUUCUGUUAUACCCAAUAACCCAACCUCUGGGAUUCAUAGUACCACAAACUGCAAUUAAAGCUCAUGGAAACCAGGACAAUUAUAACCCGGGACAAAAAGACUCUGUUCUUAAUGGUCAGUCCAGACAAAGUGCUCCUCCAAAUUCAUCACAAACGUACCCUGGAAAAACAACGAACUCUUCCCAAACCAGUCCUGUAAAAUGCAAAACUGAAAGCAAUGAUCUACCAGGGCCAGCAACCAGCCAUGUCCAAGCUGGAUCAAGAGACAAUGGAGCAGGGCAUUUGGAAGAAACAUACUCUGAGCCAAAAUCUCCUGCCUCCCCAACAGCAGAUAGCACAUCUAGGGAACCAUCUGACAGUUUAAAUCCAUCACCCUGUCCCGCAAAACCUAGCAUAGACUGUGAAGUAGUUGAUAUGGACUAA